AAUUAAUUGCCCUCCGUGGAAAGGAUGUUGACACAUGUGGACCAACAGUGACAUCCUUUUUCAGCAAUGCUGUCUUUACUCCCUCCUGCAUUCAGAAGCAUCUAGAGAGAUUUUUUGCAGAAGGGAUCCUCAAUGCAUUUGCUUGCCAUUAUUUAAGGAGCCUUUACUAAAAGCUUCUGGAUCGUGUUUCUGAGAGGACGAAAGAUUUUUGUAUUCAAAAUGCUCAUAAAGGAAUAUCGUAUUCCUCUUCCGAUGAGCGUGGAAGAAUAUCGAAUUGCACAGCUGUACAUGAUACAGAAAAAGAGCAGAGAGGAGACAUGUGGGGAAGGCAGUGGAGUAGAGAUCCUGGAGAACAGGCCGUACAUGGAUGGACCGGGAGGCAACGGGCAGUAUACUCACAAAGUGUACCACAUUGGUAUGCACAUACCCAGCUGGUUUCGGUCAAUAUUGCCCAAGGCAGCUCUGCGAGUCGAAGAGGAGUCGUGGAAUGCGUAUCCUUAUACCAGGACAAGGUAUACGUGUCCUUUUGUGGAGAAGUUCUCUAUUGAUAUUGAGACAUACUACAAAACUGAUCCGGGAGACCAUGUAAACGUGUUCAACCUUUCUCCUGCAGAAAAAAGACAAACCAUUCUAGAUCCUAUUGAUAUUGUUAAAGAUCCUAUCCCUCCACAUGAAUACAAAGCUGAGGAGGAUCCGAAGCUGUAUAAAUCAGUGAAGACUAAAAGAGGCCCCCUGUCAGAAGACUGGAUUCAAGAGUACAAGAACAACCCUGGGAAAUACCCCAUCAUGUGUGCAUAUAAACUUUGUAAAGUCGAGUUCAGAUACUGGGGCAUGCAGUCGAAAAUUGAGCGGUUCAUCCACGAUGUUGGCUUGCGGAAGGUCAUGGUCCGUGCCCAUCGUCAGGCUUGGUGCUGGCAGGAUGAAUGGUAUGGACUCACCAUCGAGGACAUCCGGCAGCUGGAGAAGGAGGCACAGUUGAUGCUGGCUCAGAAGAUGGCCCAGUUCUGCGGUGAAAAUGAUACUGAGCAGCACGGAGUCAAAGACGCUCCUGGUGAGAAGGAUGUUGAAGCCAACACAGUUUCACCUGUUGACACAGAGGAUGUUGCUAGUAACAGUGAAACAGCCUCUGGAAGAUCACUCACUAAGCAGUGGUCCACCUCUUCCAAGUCCUCACGAUCUUCAAAGAGAGGAGCAAGUCCCUCACGCCAUAGUAUCUCCGAGUGGAGGAUGCAGAGCAUUGCCAGAGAUUCGGAUGACAGCUCAGAUGAUGAAUUCUUUGAUGCACAUGAGGACUUGUCUGACAAUGAGGAAAUGUUCCCGAAAGAAAUAACCAAAUGGAGUUCCAAUGAUCUGAUGGAUAAAAUUGAAACCCCUGAAUGUGAUGAUGUCCAGGGUGACUUGUAUCACGAGACAUCAGCAGAGUACCACGUUGGCUCCAGUGUGGAGAGGCUCAGCAUCAUUGAAGAUGAAUCAGUGCAGCCAUUAAUGCAGCCAAGCAAAAUCCAUGUUCUCCUCUUGGUACUUCACGGAGGGAACAUCCUGGACUCGGGAAGUGGUGAUCAGAGCUCUAAGCAAGGGGAUGUCAACACCAUCACGACAGUGUUUGACACAGUGAUGAGGGUACAUUACCCAGCUGCUCUUGGGCGCAUUGCCAUCAGGCUAGUCCCUUGCCCAGCCAUCUGCUCUGAAGCAUUUUCACUGGUGUCCAGCCUCAGCCCAUAUAGUUAUGAUGAAGGCUGCCUGUCCAACAGCCAGGACCACAUUCCCCUUGCUGCACUCCCUCUGCUAGCGACAUCGUCCCCACAGUACCAAGAAGCAGUAGCCACAGUCAUCGUCAGAGCCAACCAGGCCUACAGCGAGUUCAUCAGAUCCCAGGAGGGCAUGUCAUUCAAUGGCCAGGUCUGCUUGGUAGGGGACUGUGUUGGAGGAAUCCUGGGAUUUGAUGCCUUAUGCUACAGCAAUCAGACUGUGUCCGAGAGCCAGAACAGCAGUCGGCGAGGAAGCGUUGUGAGUGUCCAGGAUACGGACCUUCUGUCUCCUGGAAUAACGGUGAACAACAGCUAUUGUUCCAGUGGCUCUAAUCUGGAAGCCAGCAGACACCUCAGCAGGAGCAACAUUGAUAUUCCCCGUAGCAACGGAGAAGAUCCAAAGAAGCAGCUGCCACGAAAAAGGAGUGAUUCAUCAACCUAUGAACUGGACACGAUAAAGCAGCAUCAAGCCUUUCUUUCAAGUUUACAUUCUAGUGUGCUGAAAAACGACCCAGGAUCCAGGCGAUCUAGUAGCUCUACUAUGUUGGAUGGAGGAAAUAUUGGAAAGUUUGAAUUUGAGAUCACUGACUUCUUCCUCUUUGGUUCUCCCUUGGGUCUGGUUCUCGCACUGCGAAAAACUGUCAUUCCAGCUCUUGACAUCUUUCAGCUCAGACCAGCUUGUCAGCAGGUCUAUAACCUGUUCCACCCUGCAGACCCAUCUGCUUCACGUCUCGAGCCUCUUCUGGAGAGGAAGUUUUAUCUUUUGCCCCCCUUUAAUAUUCCCCGUUACCAGAGGUUUCCACUGGGUGAUGGCAACUCUGCUGUUCUGGUUGAGACAAUCCAGAACAAUCCCAUCCUCCUCAUGGAAAGUAGCCCUCUGGGUGCUCUCCAGCACCAGGACAGCUUCAUGGAAACAAGUAUCCCCGUUCCCGUACUGAAUUGGCAAGAUGUUUCCAAUAAAAGUGCUGGUUUUGCUGAGUCAGAUGUUGUUCAGUCUCAUGGUGCCGUCUUCAUGGAAAACGCGUCCCUGUCCACCCCCAUUUCAGCCCCUCAGUUCAGGGGCUUCCGGAGGGCCAGUGAGAUCAGCAUUGCCAGCCAGGUCUCGGGAAUGGCAGACAGUUACACUGCUUCCAACAUAGCCAACAUUGCUGCCAAGUGGUGGGGAACCAAAAGGAUUGACUACGCACUCUACUGUCCUGACGCUCUGACAGCUUUCCCUACGGUGGCUUUGCCGCACCUCUUCCAUGCGAGCUACUGGGAGUCCACAGACGUUGUCUCCUUCCUGCUGAGACAGGUGAUGAGGCACGAAAACUCCAGCGUUCUGGAGCUGGAUGGGAAGGAGGUGUCUGUUUUCACCCCCUCCAAGCCCCGUGAGAAGUGGCUCCGCAAGAGGACACACGUGAAGCUCCGGAACGUCACAGCGAACCACAGGAUAAAUGACACCAUCGCUAAUGAAGAUGGGCCCCAAACCUUGACUGGAAGGUUUAUGUACGGUCCAUUAGAUAUGGUGACACUCACAGGAGAAAAGGUGGACAUCCAUAUCAUGACCCAGCCACCGUCAGGAGAGUGGGUUUACUUUGACACGGAGAUCAGCAACAGCAGUGGCAGGAUUUCUUAUGUCAUCCCAGAGAACCGGCGCCUGGGCAUUGGCGUGUACCCUGUCAAGAUGGUGGUCAGGGGUGACCACACAUACGCAGACAGCUACAUCACGGUCCUGCCGAAGGGGACGGAGUUCGUGGUGUUCAGCAUCGACGGCUCCUUUGCAGCCAGUGUGUCCAUCAUGGGCAGCGACCCCAAAGUCCGCGCCGGAGCAGUCGACGUUGUAAGGCACUGGCAAGACCUUGGCUACCUCAUUAUCUACGUCACAGGCCGCCCCGACAUGCAGAAGCAGAGGGUGGUAGCGUGGUUAGCACAGCACAACUUCCCCCACGGGAUCGUCUCCUUCUGCGAUGGGCUCGUUCACGACCCGCUGCGGCACAAGGCCAACUUCCUCAAAUCCCUCAUCACGGACCUCCACAUGAGGAUCCAUGCAGCGUAUGGAUCUACAAAGGACAUCUCUGUCUACAGCUCCAUCAGCCUCCCGCCCACGCACAUCUACAUCGUUGGCCGACCCACCAAGAAGCUGCAGAGCCAGUGUCAGUUCAUCACGGAGGGGUACGCGGCCCACCUGGCCCAGCUGGAGUACAACCACCGCUCGCGCCCCGCCAAGAACACCACCCGCAUGGCGCUGCGGAAGGGCAGCUUCGGGCUGCCCAGCCAGACCGAGUUCCUGCGCAAGAGGAAUCACCUGCUGCGGACCAUCUCCUCCCAGCCUUCGGCCACCAGCGGCGGCGCCGGCCACCGUCCCGAGCGCACCCAGAGCCAGUCCGACAGCGACAAGGAGAGGGACAGGGAACGCAGCCAAAGAAGCAUGAGCAUCGCCACGGGGUGCUGGGGCCGGAGCGCGGCGUCCCGGCUGGAGUCUGGGCUCUUGGGGCAGAAGUAGCCAGAUCAGAGCCAGCGACUGUCGGCUGCAGCCACUGGAGGAGAAAACAAAAGGAAAAGAGGGACGAGGCCGGCGUUACGGGCUGGAAGGGUAAAUAUGGUGCUACUCUAAUAACAUCAUGGUAUUCUGGGAAGAGACGGGAUGUUUCCCACGCAGAACGUGCAGGCCUUGCAGCGGGAGCGUCAGGUUUGUGCAGCAUGAGCCCAAGGAACAGCUGGAAAUCGGGGGGGGGAAAGUCUCCAGGUCAAGAUCGCGCUCUCUCCUGCCUCCUUCUCUUAUCCAGGUUUAGUGACUGUAAAUACGUGCCUCCUCGCCUUGUUAGCCAUUGCUCCGACAUGCGUGACCGAGAGCUGUCCUCAGAGCCACAGGAACAGGGGAUAAGGCUGGGGGAAUUUGUUCUUGGUUGUCCCAGGAGUCAGACGGAGGUGCUCUGCUGGUGCCGGCACAGGGUGGGUUUGGGGGUCGAUCAGCGUGCUGUUUCCCUGGCACAGACAGCCCCAAGCGAGGGAUUGAUGGUGGGCUGUGCCAGGCAGAGCAACCAAGAGCUUUACCUGGUCAAAGAGCUUCAAGUUCAGCCACUUUCUCAAGGAGUACGUGCAGUGGCAAAGCGUAAAGAUGUCUCAAUGCUGUUGGUAGAGGCAGAAUGUCGGCAGAUUCACGCCCAAGAAAGUGGGGUCGUUGUUGUUAUUACUGUUAUUUUUUAAAGAGACCUUUUAGAAGCCGAUGGAAUUUAACGCGUUGACCUAUUAAAAGAGGAAUACAAGCUAUUUUGUUUGAGCUGUUACAAACCUCAGACACUUAAUUUGCCGCUAAAGUCUCCAAAUAUUCUCACUAUAUAUUAUUUCCAAAAGUAACCACCGUAUCUUUGGAAGCAGCUGAAGGCACUCAGCAGCUAGAUUGCAUUGCAGUUCUUCUCAUCCAAAUGCAGGGUCUGACUCUCUCAACACCCACCUCUGAGACGUUUUCUUCUUCCCAGGUUCUCUCCAAGUUCAGUAGCAGCUUUCAUGGGAACUAGACUCGCUUCUUUUACCUGUAGUUACUGAACUGUAAAACCUCAUUGUUUUUUGCACUGAUGAUUUUUAGAAUGGAAACCUGUUACCAUCUCAUGUAGCUACACCUAACUGUUUGUAGUGCAUGACAAUGAAAUAUCGCUAAGCCAGGGUGUGUGUGUGUAUAUAUAUACACAUAUAUGCAUAUACAUAUGCACACACACGUAUAUAUAUGUAUAUGUAUAUAUUUAAAAAAAAAAAAAUCUGUGCAGAAGUUUUUUCCAGCAGUAAGGAGACUGUAAGGAAGUGUGCCAACCAUGUCAGGCAAGCUUAAGAAAAAAAGGCCAUAUCUUAAUUUUCCUGGUGUGUUUCUCAGUGGACGUGCCUGAGCCGGUGGUUUGUGCGCUGCCGGAGCGAGCCGGGGCUGGGUGGGUGGCAGAGGGGAGCGCGGGGCGAAGCGCUGGCUGCUGACACCGAGGCGUGCGGUGCAGGAACAGGAGCACAUGGCUCUGCAGCAGCGAGGGAGAACAGUGCCUAGAGCCAGGGCUUGCCAAAAAGCCCCUCAGUCCUGUCCCUCCCGGGUCGGCCCCGGCGCAGGACCCAGUUCCCUCCUUGCACACACCACCCAGGGCGGAGGGGCGUCCACCCCGGGGGCUCUGGGGGUGCCCAUUUACAGGCUCCAGUUGGCCUCUUCACGUGGAGAUUUUAUAGUCCUACCGAGCUCCCCGACUAGGUGUAACCCUGCUUUCCCCCACCACACUUCCCUGUCUUUAUAUCACUUUCUACUUAUGAGGACCUUAUUUAUAACAAAGAAUUUUUUAGACUGGCUGCUUCAUUUUAUUAACUGUUUGAAUAUUGAAGUGCAGGACGGCCGCACUGAGACACACAGCACUGUGAACACUGCUCUGCUAAUUGGCUCUGGGCCACGGUAGGCAAAUCUUAACUCAUCAGACACCCAAGGUAGAUCUCACGUGUCCGUGGCGCUGGAGGGUGGGAGGGGAGGCAGAGGAGGGACAGUGCUGAGCUGCCACCGACGGCCCCCCAGCCGCUGGAGGGCUCAAACCCAACUGCCCGCCUGCCGCCCAGUGCAUCUCCCACGUCCUGCAGCCUGACUGCAAAAUGUUUAACCACUUCUCUUUGGUAAUUCUUCGAUUACAGAAUGUAUCUAUCCGAUGACUUUUGUUACCGAAAACUGACUUCCCUUUCUGCCGACUCAGCUUAGCUCUCUCUCCGAAUGUACAUCCAGAGCUUACUGGGUUUAAAAACCAAUGUGAAUUGUCCCAGCUUUUCGCUAGUCGAAUGUUAUAUCAAAACAGAUGCCAUCUGAGUAGGAAGCCAAGCCACAACCCAUCCUGUGAAGUCACCAAACCACGUCAUGAAAUAAUUUCUGCAAAUUUGGAUAUGGCCUUUGCAAAACUCCACUUUCCUCCAAGCCCACAACCAAGGCAUGAUCUGUACAUUUUUCCAAUGCUGACGAGAUGUUCACAUUUUCUUAUGUGUAGAUAGUGUAAAACAGAGGCGAAUGUAAAUGUUCAACAUAAAAAGUGGAUAUAUAAAAUUGAAAGUUAUUUAUUUAUGUAGAGGGGAAAAAAAUGUCUGGAGGGACUGGAACCUUCAGGGUUUAUUAAUAUUUAAAAAUGUAGCUUUUUGUUUCAGGCAUUAUGUACAAAGCAAUUAUUUUAUGGACCAAGUUUAAUGUAACUGUCAAUGAAUGCAGAAGUGCAAUAUUAUACUCACCUCUCCAUCACUUCAUGUUUUAAUCAGCUACUAACCAGUUAGACUGACAAUCACAGCACCUCCGUCCUCAUCGUUUGUUGAGCUUCUUGAAACUUGCCUGGGUCCUUUCCCUGGCCCCCCUCCCCAUCUGUUGCCAUUGUACGGAUCCAACACGGAGAAGCAAUUGUAGAGCAGGACCUUUAUUGCUGCAAUAAUACCAGAUGAGGUGGGUGUAGUUACCAGGAAAUAUGCCAAUAAGUUGUUUUUUUUUUUUUCUCCACCGAUUCAGUCCAUCGUAGCCUACAUCAAUCUAUCCUCAGCCGCCCCCAUCUGGCACUCAUCUAUCUGAAGCAAAGAUCAACGUGCUACUCACUCAAAGAACAAUAGCAAUAGUUUAACUCUGUGUUUAUAACCUGUUUGUUCCGAGCUGUUUUGGAGAGCGAUGCAUGUGACCCGAUGCCUUUCCACGUGUACGGAAGAGGAUCCGUUUGGAUGCGGUGAGGGAAAGAUGAAUGUAUAAUCCAUCCUUACUAAAGGGGCACUGUCAGGUUACAGACCUAAUUUAUCUUUAUUACAAAUAACUUGUUUGCUUCAAAAUGAUAAAAAUAUAAAGUUUCUUGUACUCUUCCCUAUCUCUGUUGUCUGGGCAGCCAUCGGUGCGACCGGCGAGUCGCGCUGCUUCUGCUGCAGCCCACGGCCCCUUCUCACGCAGUAGCACAACGCGGCCCGCGCUGCGCAGGCUGCCUCACUCUAAAUUAUUUUUUUUUCUUUUUAAAAUUGUUUCCAUGGGAAUCAAACCCUGCUGUGGAGCUCAGAUUUAUUUUUUUUUUUAUAAAAAGCAGCUUUUUGUAUUACUGCGCUAUCGGGCUAGACUUUCUACCUGACGCUGUCCCUUUAAAGUCUUUUAAAAACAAAGAGGAGCCCGUGCAUUCCCUCCCAGUUGUUUUGUUUUUUUUUUUCCUGGGUUUAGCUAGAUCACUCGGUCAGAUGAGGCGAAAUCCUAAUACCAAAAAACGUUUACAGUGUCCGACACGCGAGCCGAGAGCAGUAAUUAGCCAAAGGGUUACUAACGAACUCCCGCUCCGCCCAGCAGCCGCCGUGCUUGCUGUAGCAGCCCCUUCUUCAGGUAUCGCCACCGUUUGCUGCAUUUCCUCUUAGUUCUAGAAGCCUUACGGUCCCCUCCCUGUCCUCGGCACCCUCUCUCUCUCUCUCUCUGCCUGUUGAUACCCUCGACUGUCAAUUUUAUAUUCCAACGAUGUUAGUUAUAUUAUUUUAUUUAUAAAAAAUUGCUUUAGGGGUACCAGACGUGUGUGUGUGUGGGGAACCACCGGAGGGCAUGCCCGAGGGCGCCGGCAGCCCCCUGUGCGUACAGUACCGUGCCGAUGACUCGCUUGUGUGUGACAAACCUUCUGUACAACUUCCUUCUCCUCCUUGCUGUUAGUGCAUCGUUCCAACGCCUGGGUGUGCUUUGUGUACAGUAUCAUUGUGAGUUACACAGAUUAAAGAAAUGGGAAGGCUCUU